GACACGACAUUGUCAUUUGUGAUUUCUAUAACCCGGCUCAGCUGUUUUGGAAUUUCAUGUAUUAUGUUUCCCGCAAUAUUUUAAGACGAAGUCGAUAUCUGUAAUAAUGGCUCUUUUUCCGGCAUAUUCUGCCAGGUCUUUGGAUGAGGGCGAUGACGACGCAGCUCGUUGGCCAUUAAAGAGUGAUGAUGUCUUGGAAGACGAACUUUUGGCGAGCGACACGGACGAAGAAAUGGACACUUCGCCGGAAAUGGAGAAGGAACCAGCGAAAAACGACGACUAUUAUGUAGAUUGCAAAAUGGAUAAUGGCAAUCGUCGCGUUUCAACUCUUUACUAUCCUGGCAGACCACAAUAUGAGCGCAGCUCAGGCCGGCUGGGCGAGCCAGAGGACGACAGGCCCCAACGAUCUCGUCCGCGCCGCUACUUCCGGCAGCGUGUACCAGACACUGAGGAUUCGAGCGCGGUGCAAGAGCGUGCUGCUGCCAUGCGCAGAGUACUGGAGGGGUCGCCUCAAGAUGUUGAACUCUGGGAAAAAUAUAUUGACUUCAUGGAAUCCUACGGCGGAGAGAAAGAUGCAAUAGAUGCGGUGGAGUUAGCAGUUAGUAAGAAUGGGAGUUCACGGCGGCUCCGCAUGCGUUGGUACGCCGUCAUGCGCCACGCCCUGCCGCCGCAACCGUACGCUGAGCGUCUGCGGGAGAACUUAGCUAAAGAGAAGGACUUGGAAAUCCGGCUGGAGCUGUGGCUGCAGCUGAUAAUAGAGAGCGGGCUGCCGCUGUCGACGGUGUGGGUGCGCGUGGAGCGCGCGCGCGCGGCGGCGCACUGGCGGGCGCAAGGGCCGGCGGGCGGCGCGGCGGGCGGGGCGCUGGACGACGGCGGCGACCCGCAGCGCGCGCCGCAGCCGCACGACGUGGCCGACCUGCUGCGCCCCGUCGCGCUCCCGCACCAGCUCUUCCGCCUCUCCGUGCGCAUGCUCAUGCUCGCCAAGGUGCCGCUGCUGUGCGGCGCGGGCUGGUCCGCGCUGGGCGGGCGCGCGGGCGCCGAGUACGAGUGCGGCGAGGAGCUGCUGGGCGCGCUGGGCACGGCGCGCGCGCUUCCGCCGCGCCACCCCGCGCACCUCGCGCCCGACGCCGCGCAGCGCCUGCUCGCGCUCUUCCUCGACCCGCCGCACUACUUCACCGACGAAUACGGCUACCUGUCGUGGGUGGACCGGCUGUGGGAGGCGUGCUGCGGCUGGGCGCGCGGCGCGCGGCGCACGGCGCUGCUGUGCUGGCGGCUGCGCUGGCUGCGCGCGCUGCUGCUGGCCGCGCACGCCGCCUCCGCGCCGCACUCCGCCGCCGCCGACGCGGAGAUACGCCGCAUGCGCGCUGACGCCAAGAGCAUCCUGCGGCGGCUGGCGGGCGCGGCGCCGCUGGCGUUCGCGGAGUGGGCGCGGCUGGAGGCGGCGGCGGGCGGGCUGACGGCGGCCGCGCGCGCCGCCCGCCACGCGCUGCGCGCCGCCAUCCGCGACCGCGCUGUGCCGCACCACCACGUGCUCUACAUCGCACGGGUGGCGUGCGAGGUGGGCACCACGGAGGGCCAGCCGGGGCUGCUGGGCGUGACGGCGCUGGUGGCGGCCGUGCUGCGCCACUCGCAGCUCCUCGUCUGCGGCGCCAAGCAGCAGGACCUCGUGUACGCAUUGGAAAUUGUAAGAGUCCCUCCCUUCUCCCCCCUUUUCCACCUGUAG